GGCGUGGGAGCGGGCCUGAGCCUGGCGGGGCGCUGCGUUACACGCGUAGCCAUCAAUAAACCGUAACGUGGCCGCGGUGGGGGCGCAGCGCCAGCCUCGAAGGCCUGGCAGCGGCCCGGUCCCAGACCGGGGCGGGAUGUCCAGGGGUUCUAUAGGAACUGGAGCGGACGGACAGACGGACUCGCGCAGCUCGGGGCUGCUGCGUUCCGGGAGCGCUCUCCGCCGCCCCUCCGCUUCCGCGCCGCGCAGGCGCUCCUGACGCGUUGUCCCGGCGCCGCUCCGCGCGCUUCGGCGUCGUUCCGUACCGCCGUGCUCCGACGGAGACCCGGCGCCGAAGGGCCGGUGCUGCUGCCAUCAAACUCCGCGUGUUCGGCCGUGAAGGCGUUGUCCAAAUCGGAAACAUGGAUGCGGCACGCUGCAGUGGAAAGAAACCGUGGUGGCCGAGCGCAGAGCCAGCGAUCAGGAGGAUGGAGUUCAAACACGGAGCUGAUCCCACAUGCACUAUCUGCAGCCCUCAGCUCACCGGAGCGAUGUACCCACAUUUCAUCAGGCAGCAGCGGACCAGCCUGGAUAUUCUCAGAAACCGCAGACACAUCGAAACACCAGGACCUGGAGCAUAUGAUGUAGACAUGGGCUAUCAAGCUUGCUUACCCAGCUCCCCCAGCAUCACCAUCCAAGGAGUCAGGAGGCCAAAGAGACACGAAACCGGACCCUUUGCAACGCUCUGAGCCGGACUACAGAAUUCCACCCCUAAAUCCAGACUUGCUCCCCUUCAGUAAUGAAAGAUGCACAGGAGUUCACCUCAAUCUGAGUCGUCUGUAUUUUUUCUAGUCACCAGAAAACCCCCAUCUCCUCUGACUGAAGGCAUGAGAAAAGCCUGAGCAAAGAACCUAUACCAGAGAAACCCACACUGCCACUUAAGCCAGAUGUUCCCACUGCUGGGUAAACAGGGCCAAGCUCCAUCCCAUCAGGUACAAAUGCUGCAGACUUGAGGACACACCUGGACAUACAGCCCUAUCCAGCACUUUAUUUCUAUCAGUCCCAUCAGAGCACAUGCAGCUCCUCCCAAAGGCAGGCAGCCCAGUUAUUUCCAAGCCUUGGCAGCUGCUGGGACACCACAGCAGCCCCGGCUGUACUGACCUGGGGAAGCUGACCUCCUACAGAAGCACUUACCCCAGUGAAGGGCAGUCAGAGCCGUGUGCACAUCCAGCAUUGACAAGAGCUCACAGAAAGCUCUCCACAGAAGUCAGAGGUGUUUGCCCUCUGCACAUGGGACAUGCACAUACUUCUCUAAGCUGCAUCACUGCAAGCAAUCAUCAUGAGAAUCCUUCAUCUUUAACAUCUGGAUAGGAACCAUCACCUUGGUACUUCUGCACAGGGCAGGCAGAGCCCACUUACACAGAACUGGACAAGGACAA